GCUGUGGCUCUCCUGCUAGCGCUGCGCUGCACCCCUCCCCUGGCUGAGCUGAGCAUCAGCAGUCCCACGCGUCUUUUCCUCUCCGCCCCUCACCUCAGUCACCUCCGUUCUCUCCUUCCCCUUCUCCAGUCCCCGCGCCGACAGCUUCGCUACUGCACUCACCUCUCUCGCCGUCUCUGUGUUCAAUCUCCGCCUCCCUGGUAUUACCAAAUUAUCAGCUGUGGACACUUUUUGUUUCGAGAAGCCACUCUUUUUAAAAUUUUAACCCUGUUGGGCAGAGGUUGUGAGUGACAUUUUUGGGGGUUAAAAUGGACAACUCUUCUGGUUCCUACUUAUCAUCAUGGCCUGGCAAUUCUGCUUCUGAGAGCUAUAGUUUUGCUGAUGCUUCAGUAGAAUCAUAUGCAGGAGAAGGAAGCAUGCCACCUUCAAGCUAUUUCAUGAGAGCUAGAUCAGAUCACAAUUUAAAAUUCAGCGAGCAUGAACAUAACUCCACUAUGCUCUCAGAUGGAUGCUUGCCAUACAAGACCCAGUCUGAUCUAUUAUCUGGUGAGUAUCUAUCUAAGGAUAAGCUUCCUAACAGUUUUCUGGAGCUUCAACAACUGCAGAGCAAUAUCAAUCGGCAGAGUAAUUUAGUGUCCCCAGGGGUGCUUCAGGGCAAUUCAACACCUGGAAUAUUUCAGCUGCAAUUGGAUACCCCUGGCCUCGCAGAACUGCCUCAUACCUUAUCCAGUUCAAUUGAUAGUAAUGGCAGUGAAGCUUCUGCUUUUCUCACAGAUGUACAUGCUGUUUCUUCAGCUUCGACUUUGUGUUCCUCAUUCGAAAAUGGUUCUUCAUUCAUGGAACCAGUAAAUCUAGAAGCUUUCAGCUUUGAAGGGGCACAUAAUGAUGUUAUGUUGAACAAAACAAGCCGUCCAAAUGCGAAUAUCUCAGUAUUUGACAAUGCUGCCUUGGCAUCACUACAUGAUAGCAAAGAGUUUAUCAGUGAUAGGCUCCCUUCAUUUGCUACUGUCCAGGAAACAAACCUAGCUGCCGGUGGUUUCAAGACUCAGAAGCAGGAGCAAAAUGCAAUGUGUAAUGUUCCUAUUCCUACUUUCAUUGCUCGUAACCAGAUGGCAGUUACCGCAACACAAGGAGCGCUGAUUACUCCAAAGAUGCCAUCGUGGACCAAUGAAAAUAAAAGUGAGUGUCCUGUUACUGUUAGCCAUCCUUCUGAUGUACAAACCGAAUCAGAUUCAGCUAAUGGAAAUGGUGUCGGCGUGAAGCCACGAGCAAGGGCUCGUCGUGGACAGGCAACUGAUCCUCAUAGUAUUGCUGAACGGCUUCGCAGAGAAAAAAUUUCAGAUAGGAUGAAACAUCUGCAAGACCUUGUCCCAAAUUCCAAUAAGGCAGACAAGGCAUCAAUGCUGGAUGAAAUAAUUGAUUAUGUGAAAUUUCUUCAGCUUCAGGUCAAGGUCUUGAGCAUGAGCAGGCUAGGAGCUCCCGGAGCAGUUCUUCCCGGUCUCACAGAAUCUCAAACUGAGGGCUGUAGCGGUCAGCCUCUGUCAGAUCCAACCACUGCACAAGGACUGCUGAACGUAUAUGAAUCGGAAGAUACCUUGGCUUUUGAGCAAGAGGUUGUGAAGCUGAUGGAAACAAGUAUCACCAGUGCAAUGCAGUACCUUCAGAACAAGGGCCUCUGCCUGAUGCCAGUUUCUGUUGCUUCGGCCAUAUCCAAUCAGAAAGGCAUGGCUGCUGCUGCAAUCCCUCCUGAAAGAUGAAAACACAUGCUCCUCUCAUCAGCAUGAGGAAACUACUCCAGAUGACAGAACUCAAUGGCUGAAGAAUGUGCUAGACUCCACAGAUUUUGUGAGAAGAAAGACACAUGGUACACAAGAUAGGAAGUUAAUCUGAACGAUUCCAGUUUUAUGGCCUAAUUAAUCUACUAAUUUGCUUCUCAGAACCUCUAGCUUUUCCAUACCUGCUGCGCAUCAGUUGUUAUGUAUUCCUUUUUUUUCCUUUCCUUUGCCGGAUUGCAUCAGGGUGCUCAGGGGAUAGUAGCGUUUCGGAAACUUGAACUGUAUCUGGUUUCUCUUUCGUGCGUACAAAAUGUAAAACCUAUCUGUCUGUUCGGUUUGGCUAUUAAAGUUUAUGGUCAGGAUUACCAGUCUA